AUGAUCUCCGUAUUAUUAUUAUUAUCGCCCUGUGUUCGCGUCGUCCUAGUCGUUUUAGUGUACAUCAUAAGCGUUGGCCUUCUGUUGCCUGCGCACGGCCAGAGUCCGUCGGUUUCAUAUCACCACGAUUCCGGUAAGUCUCACGGUUUUUAUAGAUAUUUGCCUAAUAUUUUAUAGAAUACAAAUCGAUAGGUUACCGAUUCUUGGGAUAAUCCUCUAACAUCCAAACCAUGGGUACCUGUAAAUACCUCCACCUAUCUAUAAAUUUAGGUACCUAUUUUUAAAUUUGGAUUCUAAAUUGUUUUACUUAGGGUCAAUAUUUAAUCAUUUUAUUUUAUCUCACUUGUAGGUGUAUAUUAGGUGUAUAUUUUUAAGUGCAUUACCUUUUAAUUUAUAGGGCACUUUGGAUUAUGUUAAUUAUUUGAUUAUUUACUACUAUUGCUUUUUUACACACUAAUAGUUUAUAAAUUAGAAUCAUUUUUAUAUUUCUAUAAUAGCUUAAAAUAUUAUCAAGUUAAGAACAUAUUGUAACUCCAAUUUUCUAUAACUUAAAUAUUCAUGUACUACUAAUUAAUUAUCCUAAGUGUACCCAUUUAUUCUUAAAUUAUACUUGAAUUUAAAAAUGAAAUUUUUCAAUUAUUAAUAAUUAUUAAAUUUGAAUUUCAGUAAAUAGAAAAUAACGUUUAUUAAAAUAACAACUUUUAAGAAUAUUAUUAGUAUAGUUUCUAUUAUAACCAUGAAAAUAUGUUCCUGUGUAGUUUAAGUUUUUAUUAUUAAGUAUCUAUAAUUUUUUUAUAAUAAGUACCUAAUAUCAUCUGAAUAGGCAAUAUAAAAUACAUAUUAUGUUCACAAAAUUAUAAGUUUGUAACUCAAUAUUUUUAUAGUUUACAUUCAACCUCAAAAUGCUCCAUAUGGAUCUUAUGUUGUUGAAGACAUUUCUCAUCAUUCAAAUAAAGUAAGCUUAUUAUGCCAAUAUGCUUUACUCAGUUUUACUUAUUUUAUUAUUAAUAUUAAUAAAAUUUGCUUAGGAAAAAGCAUCCCAUGAUCGAUCUAAUCAACCUCAGUAAGUAUACUUAAUCCUUAUAUAAAACUAUAAAAUAGUUAAUAGGGGUGUCAUUUCAAUUUUUGAAUAAGGAUAUAAAAAUUAACCAAUUUUUCCCUCCAUCAGGUCAAAAUAUAUGGGCCAAAAACACAUUAAAAGCUACCAAAGUAUAGUCGGAGUCCCUCAAAUGACACCCCUAUAGUUAGUUGUAAUACUUACUUAUUACUUUAUGUAAAAAACAUUGCAAAGCAGUUUAUGCCAAUUAUGUUUUACAUUUAUAAUAAGUCAACAGGUUGACCUAUAUUGUGUUUAGUAUUUCAAUAGCCACAUUAAAUUAGUAUUAUUGCUAUAAGGAUAAUCUAAUUUUUUUUGUUAACAAUCCAUUAAGUUAUUAUGAAAAAUAAAACUAGUUCCCUAUUAUUAUUUGUUUUCAGAAAAUAAUUAAUAGAAAUAAGUUUAUAUCACUCUGAUAGAAAUUAUUUAACUACCUAAUGUUAUUAUUAUUAUUUUGUUUUUAUUCAAAUUAUUUAAAUUGUAAAUUAUAUAUUUUAAAUACAACAAAACAUUAAUUAACAUCAAAGUAACUUAAUUUGAAGUUAAAAAUACUCAAUAUUUGUUGAUUAUACAAAACAAAAAUAUUACAUUGUAUUAUAUACCACCCAAUAUUUCUACUUACAUUUAAUUUAAUUAUAAAAUCUUGAAAGAUGGAUGUAUUUUUUAUUUAUGUACAUUUAUAUUUUUAGAAAUGAGGCUAAAGAUCCUGAUAUGAUACUGAUAAAUAUUAAUACAGGUCCUCACCCACCUGUACUUGAUGAAAUUCAACCAGACACAGUUAUUGGGUAAGUUUUUUUAUUAAAUUUAUAAUAUUAAUCUAAAUAGAGUUUAAUUAUUUAUUAAUGUUUUAGGUUAAAAUUAAAUCUAAAAUAAUGAAAAUUAAUUUAAUUUACUUAAACAAUAAAUAUACAGCUUAAAAUAAUAAAACAUUCAUUUUAUAUUAAUGUAAUCAUAAACAAUAAUUAUUCAUAAAUAGUAUACAUUCACUAUUAAGCAUAUUGAAUUAAUGUAUUUGCACUUUUUCUAUUCAUAGUUAGUAGAUUUUUAAUAAAGGGCGGAUGUUCACAAAACUGCAUAUUUGUUCUGUUUAAUUGUAUUGUAUGCUAAUAGACACCAAAUAUGUUUCACAGUGUUAUGAAUAAAAAGUCAGAAUGGUUGGAUACAUAUAGUUAUUUCAUUAUAUCUGUACACAAUGAUAAAAUAUUAUUUCUACAAGAAAAAUGAUUUUGAAAUGUCCUUAAUUUUUACAAUUUUUGUAAAAAUUUGAACUUAAAAUGCUUAUAAAAAUAAACUACUCUAUUUUUAUUUAACUUUUCUUUUACCUCCAAGUACAACUUAUGAUGAAUUUUGUUUUUCAAUAUUUAAGCUGGGUCAGACAAAUUAUGUUUUCUUAAAACUAAAUAAAAACUCAAAAAUUGUUAGAAUGUUAUAACCAUUUUACCUUGUUUACACAGAGCUAAUAAAAGCUAGUAUUUUGUGAAUAUUUUUUACAUCUCAUUCAAUUUUUUUUACUUAAUUUUACGUAACUAUGACUUACAUAAAAAAACUCGAUAUGUAUUUGCUAUCUUGUUUAUUUACAAAAUUGCCAUUUGGCAUUAAUAAACAAAUUAAUUAAUUAUUUUUCACCAAACUACAACAAAAAAUCAAAUGAAACAGAAUAUAUUUUUAUGGCAUAUUUUUCUAAUUUAACUACGCUUUUACAGGCUUUCUUUUAAAAAAGACUAAAUUUAAUGAUUGAAGCAAAAUUUUUCAUGAAAAACAUUUUGCAGUGCAUAUUCAUAAUUUUUUUAAAUUUUGAGGAUUCAUUUUAUUUGUUUUAAAAUUAUUUGCAUAUUUUGUAAUUUUACCUAAAUUCUAGGUAUAAUAUUUAAGCCUUUCAUAUUCUAUCAAAUAUUGAAUUUAUAUAUGGUGCCGACAUUUUCAUUGAAUGGUCAAAAAAAUAGUUAAUUAACACCAAAAUAUGUUUCAUGACCUAAAGAGUGUUUGUAUACAAAAUUUUAUUUUGCAUAUUUUGGAAUUUUUAAAAUUUUAAGGGCAUAUUUUAGGAUUUUGUGUAGUUUUAGAGUAUAAUGUUUCAUGGAUUUCAUACAUUUUAAUUUUUAGGAUUUAGUAAACUAAAAAGACGUUGAGAAUCAUAAAAUAAUUCUUCAAAAUUUAUAAAUAUCAGCAUUCAGAAGUUGAGCUGAUAAUAUACUAGGUACCCGUGUUUUAGAUAAAAUCGGUUAAGAGUUCAAAUUUUUUUCAUUAAAAUAUAUUUUUGUUUGGUUUUCAUAUAAGAAAAAAAAAAAUUCAAAAGAGAAAUAUAAUGUAUUAAAUAUACAAAUAUAUAUAUAAUCUUUGAAAUACUAUUUUUUUUUUAGAAUACCUACAGAAACAGUAUAAUAUAUAAAAUAAUUUAUUUUUUUUAAGUAUUUUAAGGGGUUUUUUUAAUAAUUUUUAGGUCAUAACUGCAUAUAUAUUUAAUAGGUUUUUAGGAUAUAUUUCUAUCAGGCCUAAUUAUAUAUAUAUAUAUAACUAAAACUGGUCUUAAUUUUUUUUAAAGCCUUAAAGAUUUGUAUUAAUAAUCAUAAUGUUUAUAAUCCAUUAUAAUCAUUAAUAUAUUAAUUUAUUAUAAUUGAGUUAUAAUUGAUCACUAAUAAUAAUUGUAUAGGUUUAAAAAAAAAAUUAACUUUACUGUUAAUUGGAAAUAUUAUGAUGCAUUUUUCAUAUAUAAUGUAAAAAAACUUUCAAUUAAAUUUUUUUUAGUCCAGAUGAAAUGUACUAUUUUGCUCCAAAAAAUCCUCAGAACAAUAAAAGUUCAAUUGUGGGUCAACGAUUAGAUGUUACAAUUUUUGAUGAUUUUCUUAAUACUGCACCGGUAAAGAAUAAAACAUACGUAAAUCCAAAAUUUUUUUUAUCAAAUAAUUCAUUGAAGUGCUCAUUAGAUUAACAAUUUAAUAUUUUUAGGAAAAACACAGAAAUCGGUUAGAUUUUUAUAAGGUUCCUUAUUUAAAUAAUCUCGUAUUACCACUAAGAGCAACAUUCUCAGCAGCGAUCUCAAUAUUCAAUCCAUACUCAGAAGUUUUACAAGUUCGUUUAAUAUUAAAAUAAAUACAAUUAGUGAUUACUAGGGCUCGGGACUUAUUACACUUAAAAUCCAUAAAAAAAAAAAAAACACAUUAAAAUUUAAAAUGUAAAAAUGGUAGAAGGGUUUAAAAUUUCUGCCUUAAUUGCUUUAAUUUAUUAAAUAAAAUGUUCUAACACUCUACAGCUGAUUAAUACCAAAUCAUUUUUUUUAAAUAAAAUUGUACAUCUUUUUAUAAUUUUUAUAGUGUUAAAAUAUUGUUUUUAAUAAGUUAGAGCUGUUAGACAAAGACAUUUUAAGCCACUUUACUAAUUUUAUUUUUUUUAAUGUUUUUUUUUUUUUAUGAAUUUUAAAUACAAUAAGUCCCAAAUUCUUGUGGUUACUAUAUUUUUAAUAUUUAUUUUAUUUUAGGUUGUAAAAGUAUUUGGCGGGGGACCAGGGUUUCACCUAAGCUUACCGUCUGGUCAAAUGGAAGACCAAAGAAAUGUUUGGGACAUUAUGCCAUAUCAAACAAAGCCAUUGAUUCGAUUUACAUUUUCAGAACGAUCAAAGAAAAAUCACUCCACAAAAAUAGGGUUAAUAAAUUAAUAAUUGCAGGUUUUUUUUUUGUAACAAAUCUUAAAAAUGUAUUUCUUUUUAUUGUGAAAAGGUUAUUUUUGAGUAAUCAUGAAUACAUAAAUGUGCCUAUAAACAUUGUAAUGGUAUCAAAACCAGGUCUUUAUAGUUCAGAACAUAUAAUUGAUUUUGGUGUUGCCAGUAGAAAUGGUUUAGUUACAUCAAAAGCUCUAAACUUAUGUAAUUCAGCAAAAUCUAGUAUUAUUGUUCAGGUAUGUUUUUAAUAAAAUUAGUUCAUUAAAUAUUUCUUAGCAACAGUGCAUCAUUGUUUAAACAUUGUUUAAGAAUGUAACGUCAGAUUCUCACUUUGUGACUGUGGAUUUUCCUCAUGAAGUAGAAGUACCUCCACAGUCUUGUACAGCAGGCCAAGUUGCUCAUAUUAGUUAUCAUUGUAAGAGCUGCUAAUUUUUUGCAUGCCAUUAUAAAUAAUUAGUUUAAAUACAUUAAAUUGGUAUAAAGAGAUGAUUUCAUUGUUUUAGGGGAUUAUGUUGGAUAUUCAUAUGGUGAGACUCAUUUUGGACAGUUAACUGUAAAGAGUAAUAAAGGAAAUGAGUUGAAUAUACCAUAUCAUGGUAGAACACUAGAAGGUGAUUUGGUGUAUGAAGAACAAUCAUUGCAUUUUGUCAUGUCAAAAGCUAUUCGUUCAACAAGCAUUAUGAAAACCUUUACACUGCUUAAUAAUUUUUCAUCUACGCCAGUUGCUAUUUCUCAAAUAGGAAUUCCAAAAAAUGCCACCCAGUAUUUUAAAGUAAUUAUAAAUAUAAUUUUAAUUACCAUUUAUAUUGUUAAAUUUAAAACUUUAUCAUAGUUGUAUACUUUCCUCUACAUUUUAAUAAUAUUAGUAUAAAAUAUUUCCAAAUUAAACUAAAUUUUAUCACUUAUUUUUCAAUUUAAUUUUUCAGAUAAGAGAUUUUAUCCCUGUAGUUUUAAAACCGGGUCAAAAUAAAACAUUGUUUCGUGUUGGAUAUGUAAACCCUAACAAUUCAAAAAUGGAUAUCAUAUCAUAUUUAGAAUUUAAAACUAAUGCUUCGGAUUUUACAAUUCCUUUGUUGGUGUAUGAUGGACAGCUCGCACAGGUGUGUAGGCUAGUGUAUAAAAUUGGUUUAAAUAAAAAUAUUAUAUGUAAAUAUUUGUAUAUAUUGAAAAAAAUAAAAUGUUUUGACUUUCAUAAUUAGAUUUUACCAGCUACUAAUAUUAUCACUUUACCACCAAUAAGAAUCAGUUCACCUCGCCAUACCUAUAUAGUAGUUGCUAAUGAAAAUCCUGUCGCAAUUAUGAUCAAAGAUUGGGGUACAACAUACACACCACACGUCUCAUUAAAUUUAGUAGAAAUUGGAAAAUUUAACUCUUCAAUGCGCCGCAAUAGUGCAGACAGUUGGUCUCGCCCAAUGAUACGAGAAGAUCAAAUACCAGCUGUAAGUAUUUUUAGAAUGAUUUUCUUAUAGUAUUGAGUAUUAAGGUUUUUUUUUUUAAUUUUUAGCCAGUGGCUUUGCCUAUUAAACACUACGCUAUAUUUCAAUUGUUAGUAUCUACCCCAAAUCCUGAUCAAAAUUUAACUGUGAAAAUUUGGAUUCAAACACAACAUCAGCAUUACAGUAUACCAUUGAAAGUAUCUGUAUUUGAUAAGAAUUUACAAGUUAUAGCUGAACCAUUAGCAUUUGAAAACUGUCAUCCCGUAAGUAUUGAGUAUUUUUAUAUUACUCAGUUUUUUAUAAUUUUCCUUUACUUAGAAUUAAUUUAUAAUUUACAGGGUGCCGUGUGUACUGCUGAAGUGAAUGUUAUGUCUUGGUUAGACAGAACAUUAGCAUUAACAUCAGUAACAAGUGAAUUUGUUAGUGAAAAUGUCCGGUUUGUUCCCACUAGACCAUCUCUUAUACAACCACAAAUGGUUUCUUUAGUCGGCCACAUAGAAUGGAUCCCUACUCACCAUAAGAACUCGACAGGAUGGAUAGGAUUGUUUAGUAAAGCUGGUAAUGUGAUUUAUUUUGAAUAAAAUACAAUUUGUGUAAUCUAAUGACUGUUGUAGAAAGAGCAAUGUGGUUAUCAAGCUUUCAUUUAACAAAUUCUUCUGAAACAAGCUAUAUGGAUUUUUCAUGGUUUUAUCGUAGAAUGGGAAAGUAUUAUGCAGAGGAAGACAAUCGCACUCUAAGACAUCAAUUUACAUUGGAGACUGGUAAUGAUUUAAAAUUAUUUCAAUAAUGUAAAUUAAUCAUUUUUAAGGUAGUGAAAUACUAAAUAAAAAAGUUAAUUUUUAUAAUAUAGCUUUUUUUUCCUCCUAUUAAUUAUUUAAAUUUUAUAUAUUUAAUUAUUCUUUUAUUUAAGUUCAAUUUUAUUAUUACUCUUAAUGAGUUAAGUUAAUUUUAAAUUCUGAGCAGAGUAAGAAAUGUAUUGGUUUUACAAUGUUUUUUUUUAUUGUGUGAACAACUCUUAUACUGAUUUUUAAGUGUAUCACUUUUUUUGCAUAGAAAUCUGACAGGUGUGGUACUUUAAGGAGGUCAUUUUUUGAAUUUUCUUGGAGUUUUCAUAAUAAAUAGGAAUAUAAUCUGGAAAAUUUACAAAAUGUAUUAUUUUCAAAUCAUAAAUAUUAUAGCCUUUUAAACAUGUGUAACUGAACUCGGCUCAGAAUCAUUUUUCGUUAGCAAUGAUUAAUUGUUGCAUACAGAUUCACAUUAAAUUUUCUCCCUCUAUAUCCUACAUUCCUAAUUUCUCACCUAUAUCUGUGGCCUAUCCAUUGGUGCGAAAUAUAUUAAUUUGUUUUUUUAUUAGGCGGAGCUGAAACAUGUCAGUUCAGUGUACAUCUUCAUUUAAAAUGGCCAAAAUUUAUACAAGAACCCGGUGAAAAUCGACAGCAAACUACAUAUGAGCUACCAACCAUGGAAGUGAAAGGCAAACCCUAUUAUCAAAGAAUCAAUGUGAAAAAUACAUUUCACACUCAAAAUAUAACAUUACAUUUAGCUAUGUACCCCCAUCCAUAUUGGUGUAAUAUUACGGAAUUCAUAGAUCUAUUUGAACACGAGUAUGUGGAAUACUGAAAAUAAACUAAAAAAUUAAAUUAAUAUCUUAUUAAGUUAUUCAAUAUUGAUAAAAUAUUUAUAGGGUGAAUUCUUUGUUAAUAUCGAGAGAUGAUUGGGAAUUGGUGAUGAAUAAUUCUAGUCCUUAUAGAAGAAAAGUCUUAAAUAUUAAAAAUUCUGUGUAUGUUCCACAUAAGAAAACUAUGAUAUUUGUUUUGCCUCCACAAAAGGAAAUCGAUGUAUUAGUAAGAUUUCAACCAAAGAAACCUGGUGUUAGCACAUCAAUACUUUUCAUUAGGUAUGUUGUAAUUUGUUUCAUUUUUAGUUAUGAAAGUAUUAUUAUUUUAAAAGGCUUUUUUUUUAGAAAUGAUGUGUCUAUUUUGGAAAGUAUUUUACUAAAAGGUAUGGGGGCAUAUCCUGUACUAUCAUUUGGAUCUAAAAGGAAACUACCUCCAUUAGUUUUUGAUAUGGAAUCAAGUCCUAUGGUUGAUCUCAUAUGUAGUAAAAGUAUGCAGUUUAUUUAAUCAAAAAUAAAAUAUAAUAAUUUUAUACAUAUGAUUUUAGAUAAAACUUCUUUACCAUCAGAGACCCGAAUAUUUUUAAUAAAGAACCCUGGUAAACAUACGGUUAGGAUUAUAUCUAUGACUAUUAAUAGUAUACUUUGUAGUGGUUAUGGUUUUAGAGUAAUAGAUUGCAGACAAUUUUCUCUACUACCAAAUCAAUCUAAAGAAGUAUGUUGUUUAUAAAGUUAUUUAAAUUUUAUAAAUAAAAAUAUAUGGUACUAUAUGGAUUUUAUUUGUUAGGUGUCUGUAGAGUUUACUGCUGAUUUUACACUAAAAUCAGUUAUUCGUCAAUUAGAAAUAAAUACUGAAGAAACAAUUGGAUCAGAGAUAACUAAUCGUAUUUUUAUCUACCAACUGUGGGGUAUUGUGCCAUCUGAAUGGGAAUUAUGUAAAGACAAAUAUACAUGGCAAGAGUUUCGCCGAGGUGACAGUUGGGCUAGACCAGAAUGGGAGUCUUCAAUUGGUCAAAUUAUGCUUGUGGCUGCUGGAAUACUCAUGGUGGUUGCUUGGCUUGUUUCAAUUGCUGCUGUGCACACUAUAGAUAAAGAAUUUUUAGCAAAAAACCUAGGACCUCCUUGUGUCGGAGCUCAUGGAAAAAGAUCAUGUCAGUCUGUUCUAGCCCAAACUGGAAAUGUGAAAAAAACAGAUUUUAAGUAUGUCUAUUUAUAAUUUAUUACUAAUAAUUAUCAAUUAAUACUGAAAUAAUAAUUCACAUAAACAAUUACCAGGAGUUCAAAGCACAAAGAAGGUAAUGAAGAAAAACGUACUGAAAUAAUACCAGAUCCAACAUCUUUGGGUAUAUCACAAAGUGAAAACAGUUAUAUUAAGCCCUCAGAUUCUACACCUAUUUGGAGUUUUACGUUGCGCGAUAUAGAACCAGAACCAGAACCGGUAGUUUUUCUUAGCCUGAUAAUUUUAAAUUUUAUAUAAUUUAUUUUGUUUGUUAAAUUAAACUUUAUUGAUUAUGAUUUGUUCAAUAUUAGAAACCCGAAAAAGAUAGAAGUAGUAGAUCACAUUUAUCUGAUAAUCACCCAAAAGAAAAAACUAAAAGACGUCAUUUAACCCAAGAAACUCUUGAUUCUAAUCCAAAGUACAAUGUUUCUGGAUGGCAAACAGCAAGAAAUAGGUAUGUGAUAGCAUUAGUCAAAUAUAUUCAAUCUUUUGUCUAUUAUUUUACACAAAACAUGUAUAUUUAUGGUUUUAAAUUUAAUUUUCAAUACCAAAACCUUCAAAAUAAUAAUGUUUCUUUUUGAAAUUUAAUAUAUUGCACUCUUUUUAUAUUUAAUUUUGAGAUAUUGAUUGUACUUAAAUACAUUUAAUUUAUAUAUUAUAAAAAUAUUAACUUACGUAGUAUUGUUAAAUACUACCUUAAAUGUUUUACUUAUAAAUAUAAUAUGUUUGAUUGUUUCAAAAUUCUUAGCUGUCAAAUUUUAAAUUUCAAAAGUAUCUUACAAUUUUCUUCUCUGUCAUAUCAAUUAUUUGGAGGCGGCCACCUUCAUCUUAAUCUUCCAGAUUACCUUAUUUACAAUAUCCUUGCAUACACCGGCUGUUCUCAUAUCAUUCGUAAUUUUAUUAUUUUUAGUAUUCCUUCGAACAGAGUUCAUUCUUCCUAAGUUUAUUUCCAUUACCAUUUUUACUGUUCUAGGUUUGUCAUGACAUAACCAAAAACCACCUAUUUUCUCUCAUUAUGUUCAAUAUCAAAUUCACACUUAUGCUACCUCUUAUAUAACUAUUCCUCAUCUUAUCUUCUCUUGUCACUCCACUCAUCUACUUAAGUAUUCUCAUCUCUGACACACAUUAUCUUUUAUACUUUUCUGUCCAUCACUCAACAUUCUUUUAAUACUUUCCUUUAAAUUCAAUAUAAAUUUUCUUGUUACAUAAAGUACCUGAUGGUUUUUCCACUUAAUUCAACCACACUUAAUACUAUGCUAAAGUCACUGUUUUUUUUUUUUUGUAUAAAAGAUCCUACAAUAAGUUCUUAAAGGAAAAUUGUCAACCCCCUCCAGUAUUUCCAUUAGCUGUCUCCAAACUUAUCCUCUUUAUACUCUGUUUUAUUUCUUAUCCUUAGUCCUAUCUUUUCAAAUUCUACUUUCUAUUCCUCAAGUACAUAGUUAUCUUCUUCUAGAUUUUCUCUUAUCAAAAAUAUAUUAUCUGCAAACAUCAUGCAUCAUGGUACUUCCCUAUAAUUAACUUCAUAACUUUAUCAAUUACCACAGAAAAGCCAAAUCUUGAUACAUACCUACUCCAAGCUUAAAAUCAUAUACUAUUCCACAAAUAUUUUUGCAACCCAUACUUAAACCUUACAACACUCAUACAUAUUCUUUAUCAAAGUACAAUUUUGGAACUCAUUUUCACAUUAAUAGCUACAUCAGAACUUCUUUUAACACUGACAUAUAUCUUCACUAAAAUUAUAAAUGCCAUUUAUAGAUUUUUCUUUGGUCUGUUUCACACAAAAUACUGGUUCCGUCAUCAUUUUUCCUGGCAAUAAACUGGUUCUUAAAUAUUGAUACCUUACUUCUAAUAAAUUGUCUCUAAUUUUUUCCUAAAUCUUAAUACUAUGACUCAUAAAUUUCAUUCCUAUGUAAUCUGAUACUUUUAUAUAUCUCUAUUGUCUUCAAUUAGUGCUGAGCACCAAUUUUAGAUUGAUUAAAAUUCAGAUUACUGAUCCAGAUUGAAACAAAAAUUACAAUCCAUUUAAUCCAGAUUUAAAGUACCUAUCCAAAUUCUGACCAUCCUAAAUAGUAGAUUAUUUUUAAAUGCUGCCCGUAUUGUUAUUUUUUAUAUACGUUUGGUAGAUAAUAGUAUAAUUUACAAUUGAAAUUUGAAAUAAGCAUAUUAAUAACGGCAGGCUCAACGCAUCACUGCUACAUAUGAUAACCCUGCAUUGUGUAACCUGUUUUAUUUAAUUUUUUGAUCGAAUCCAAAAUCUGGAUUGAUUAAUUCAGAUUAUGUAAUUCUUCUAUUUUGGAAUUUUCCUUUCUAUUAACUCUUAGUUAAUUAAAAUUUCUAACCAUCCAAUAUUAAACUUAUUACAUUUUCUACAUUUUCACUGGUCCUUCAUUUGGACCUACUGCUCUUUUCUUUAUUUGUAUGUUAAUUUAAAAAAAAAAGUAAAAUGUGUAUUAAAUAUAUUGCAAUAAUGUUAAUUAUUUAUAUUUGUAUAGAUCUCCAGCAUUAAUAGCAGAUUCUCAUUUAAAUAAAAAUUCUAAAACCGAUGAAGGAAAAUUCGAGGUUGAAAACCGUAGACGUGCUGAAAAAAUAUUAAAAAAGCAUUAUGGUUUAAAACCUGUAGAUAGUUGGAGAAAGCACAAGAAAGCUCUUAAUGCUGCCAAGUAUUAUGAAGAACUAACAGAAGAAGAGAAAAUUAGUUCAAGUCAAGAAUCAAAAGUCUCAACAGAGAUAAAACCUGAACCUAAACCUUUCAAAAAUGGCAAAAUUAAUAAAAGAACAUCCACAAUCAGUCUUCCAAUAAUAAAGCAGGAUAAUAAUAAAGAAUCACCAAUAUUGCUGUUAAACUCUUCUUCAUCUGAUGUUGUAAGGAAACCAAUAGCUUCUGUUGCGCCUUAUCAAAUUGUUCUUCCUAAACAGUCAAUUGUACAGUCGGAACGUUCAAUUGAGAAGUUCUAUAAUUCAAAAUCAAAACCAGGACAAGCUAUACAGAACAAAAUCGAAAAAGAACCUGUUACAGUGCGACCAGUGAUAUCAAAGAAAUUGAUUAGUGAUGAUGAUGGUUUAUUAGCCGAAUAUAAAUAUAUGAAGAAAAAAAAUAAAACCGAAAGAAAAACCUCGUUAACUCCCUCGACACCGCCAGCUCUAGUAGUACCACCUGUUAUUGUUAAACCAAAGAUUCAAACUAUAGAAAGAUUUUGUUCUCCAGAAAUAAUAAAACCAAAAGUGCAUGACGUGGAAAGAUAUAUAAAAUCACCAGAAACACUGAAACCAAAGAUUCAAGCUGUUGAAAGAUUUAUUAAAUCACCCGAAAUAAUAAAACCAAAGAUUCAACCUGUGGAAAGCUUUGUAAAACCACCAGAAACUUUGAAACCGAAGAUUCAACCUGUGGAAAGCUUUUUAAAACCACCAGAAACUUUGAAACCAAAGAUUCAACCUGUGGAAAGCUUUAUAAAACCACCAGAAACUUUGAAACCAAAGAUUCAACCUGUGGAAAGCUUUAUAAAACCACCAGAAGCUUUAAAACCAAAGAUUCAAACUGUAGAAAGAUUUAUCAAAUCACCAGAAAUACUAAAACCAAAGAUUCAAACUGUGGAGAGAAUAAAUUCAUCAGAAGUAAUAAAACCAAAGAUUCAAACUGUGGAGAGAAUAAAUUCAUCAGAAGUAAUAAAACCAAAUGUUCAAACAGUGGAAACACUUAAUCCACCAGAAUUAAUAAAACCUAAAGUUCAUACUUCGGAAAUACUUAAUGCACCAGUAGAAAUAAUAAAACCGAAAAUUCAGACUGUAGAAAGAGGAACAUCACCUGAUAUGGUUAAACCAAAAGUUCAGACUGUGGAAAGAUGUACUUCCCCACAAAUGAUAAAACCUAUGGGUCAAACUGUGGACAAAUUAAAUUCAUCAGAAAUAACAAAACCAAUGGUUCAGUCUCCCAAAAUAUUGAAUUUCUCAGAUGAAAUAAAAUUUAAGGUUGAAACUGUGGAAAAAAUAAAUUUAUCAGAAGAAAUAAAACCAAACGUUGAAACUAUGGAAAAAAUCAAUUCAUCAGAAGAAGUAAAACCAAAGAUUCAAAAUGUGGAGAAAUUGAAUUCAAUAGAAGUAGUAAAACCAAAUGUUCAAAAUGUGGAAAAACUAAAUUCAGUAGAAGUAAUACAACCAAAAGUUCAAACUGUGGAAAAAUUAAAUACAAUCAGCAUAAUUCAACCAAAAGUUCAGACUGUGGAAGAAAUAUGUACAUUGCCAGAAACAGAAACACCAAAUAUUCAGGUUAUAGAAAAAUGUACUUUAUCAGAAAUAAUAAAACCAAAUGUUCAGACUGUGAAAAAAUGUGAUGAUUCACCGGAGAUUUUAAAACAAAUAAUUUUAACUGUGGAAAAAUGUGAUUCACCAGAAGUGAUAAAUCCUAAGGUCCCUGCUGAAGAAAACUGUGUAUCACCAGAUAUAACAAAACAAAACAUUGAUGAUGUCGUUAUUCUAACUAAAAUGGAAACAGAAGAUAAUGAAAUUUUAUUAUUGAAUGCGCCUCAAACAAGUGAGCAAUCAGAUGUUCCAGAACCAAUUACUGUAUUAAAAAUGGACUCGGAUGAAGACAAUUUGGAACUUUUGCCAUCAACUUCAGCUGACAAACAUGGUAAUCAAUUGUAUUUAUUACUUGAAUAUAGCAGCAAUAGUAGAUAUCUUUUGGCUUUUGGCACUAGCAAAAAAUAUCUAAAAAGUAUAAGAAUACAUAUAAUAUAAGAAAACUUUUUUUGUAUGUUCUCAUUAAUAGGGAAUCUGCACAGGCUAAAACUUUAAGAAAUUUAUGAUUUUGGUUCCAGUUCGUGUAUCAGAUUUUAGCUUAACUUAUUUUUUUUAUCUAAAGGCUUUGUCUUGUCAUUAUAAUCAAUCAUCUAUUCUACUUAAAACCCGUAUUAAUUGGUUAAAAAAUUUAUUUAUAGUACCAGGUGGUCUAUUUAAUUGGGUACACUCAUUAUCAUUGAAAGUAUUAACUUUUUCCAGAAUUUGUUUUCUAGAAUAUUUAAGAAACAAGCUACUCUACAAUUUUAUAGUUAUUUUUUUUUUGUCACCUUUUCUUUUAGGAGUAAAACCACUACCUAUGUCUGAUUUUCAAAUACCGACCUAUAUUAAAAAUUUCAUAAAUAGAUGAGUAUUAGUUAAAUUAAAUUUUAGUGUUGACAUUUUUAAUUACUAUCAAUCUGUUGAUGAGAUAUUCCAAUUUUAAAUUUUGGGUUAGAAGAGAGUAGUGGAGUAUUAUUUGUGUGGCGGCACGGUAUGUAUUAAUCAUGCACCAUUACUCUCCGACCCUAAUUUAAAAGUGGAAUAUUUUGUCAACGGCUCGAUUGAAAACAAAAAUGUAUUUUAAAUAAUACUUCAUCUGUUAUUGGACUUCAUUGUAUAGAUUUCCAUUUGAAAAUCAAAAUUAGGUAGAGGUUUUCAGUAGGCAAUAUUUUAUUUUGCACCCCUUUUUUUAUUGGAAUUUUAUGACAUUGAUAAGAACCUAAAUUAACGAAAAAUAUUUUUAUUUCAUUACGGAUUUUAAAUGUAAUGUUAUUAUUUAAUGCUGGAUUGUGUCUACCCAAUAUGAGCAAAGUUUGUAUCUUACUUUUUUUAAUUUAUUUUAUGGUGUUUAGUUUUUAUUUUAGGGCCUGUGGGUUCAGGCAGAGACCGUAAAACUGAGGAUAAAAUAACAAAAUGUGAAUCAAAUUUGGUUUUGGUUGAGACUAUUAAAGAAGAAUCAGGUUUGUUUUAUGUAUAUAUGUAUUUAAAACUAUAUAAAUAUAUUCUUAAUUAAAAAUAAUUUUUACCUUUUAUUAAAUAUUUUAAGAACCUUGUAUUUCAAUAAUUGAUACCAUGGCAACAGCAAGUACAUCAAAUUGUGACAGUCCUACUAAUAUUAUGACAUUUUCAACCAACGACCCUGGAUAUAAUUUGUGGACAUCAUUUGUGUGGGGGCCAGUUUAUGGGCAAUCUACAAAAAAUCCUAGUCCACAAAAAUGA